AUGCUUUCCUUAAAAAGCUAAUUCACAUUUCAUCUUCAAGUUGUUAUAUUUCAAUGAUAUGAGCACAUUUCUUCCAUGUUGCAGAGCGGGAGCAACCCAAUGGGUGGUACCACUUUCAAAGCAGUUACUACAAGUUUAUUGCCCAAAGUAACACAUAUGAAACAGGAAUGGCCACUUGUGAAGCUUUGGGCGGACAACUAGCUUCUCUGGAGUCUCAAGAGGAAUUCAUGUUUGCGCGUACAAUAGCUUUUACCUUGAGCUUUCACCAGCCUGAUGAAUUCAGCGGUGAUUAUCGGAUAGGCUUAUAUGGAAAUGGCUCACAAUGGACUUGGAGCAACGGAAACAUCAUGGACUCGAACCUAAUCAAUCUAUGGUGUCCAAAUGAACCAAGGAGCACGGAUUCAUUGAGCUACGUUCAGUUUUGGGGUGGUGCUGGUUUUUGCAGAGACGAUAUUCAAGCCAACACAAAGCCUCAAAACCUCAUUUGUGAGGCAUCGGUGUGCACAAUGGAUCCUCCUACGUUGAACAAUGCCAAACGUGGAAUUCGUCUAAUGGGCUUAUUAAGUCACACAGUCCCUGAUUACUCAUGUCCUCCUCGUACAUCUGCUAUCUCGUUUCCCCCGUCCCCGCUUCCGCAACUGUCAUGGCGCGUUGAUUCUGACUUAACGGCCCCACUUACCUCCGCCACUUGCCCGCCAGUCCCAGACCCCGACCCGCGUGCCCGCUUCUGCACCUGCCAAGAAUAAAAAGCAAUCUGUUCAUAUUUGUGUAAUCAAAUUUUUAUCGAACUGCAUCAUUGAUAAGUUGGAUGAUGGAAUCUGGCGGUUUGGAUCUAUUGAGGAAUCCAUUUGCCCAAUAUGAAGAUGCCACAAUCAGAUGAACCAACGCUCCUAGAUCUUCUCAACACGUUCCAUUGGUGGAUUUGGGCUGAAAACUAAACCGUAGACGCACGGUAUUCAGCACAAACUUCGUAGACCGAAUUCAAUAUGAGCUCCAGCUAUUUGAAUAUCAUCGCUACGCCAA